UUUGUCUCACGUGACUCCUCCUUCACUCAGCAGCAAAACUCAGCGUGGCUUUUAUCAGUAUCUGUGUUUCUGUAAGUAGAAAAAAACGAUCAUAUCUAUUAAAGGCAACGGGCAUCGAACUGGUCACGUGUCUGGGUACUGAUAUGGGUCGUGUGGUUGGACUCUAAGCCGGAAUUUCCUCUGAACUUUGAGCGCUGCCGUCAGCGGAAUCCCAGCUGGACUGUGACCCAGACUUGUGGACCCGGUGACUGCAUUCCCGGCGUUUCCCAGCCGAGUCUGUGAGCUGCUGAGCGGUCAGAGAUGAAGAGGAGACUCCUGCUGGUGUCCAACUCCACCCUACAUGGUGGAGGCUACCUGGACCACUGUCAGCAGCACAUCUGUGACUUCUUUGGAAAGGAUGUGAAGAGAGUGCUGUUUGUUCCUUAUGCUCUCCAUGACAGAGAUGCCUACACAAAGACAGCCAGGAACAAGUUCAAAACGUUGGGUUAUGAGGUGGACAGCAUCCACGAGGCUGCAGAUCCCGUGGCUGCCGUUGGGGGGGCCGAAGCCAUUUUUAUCGGAGGAGGAAACACCUUCCGGCUCCUUAAGAGUCUUUAUGACAAUAAAGUGGUGACGGAGAUCAGGAGGAGAGUGAUGGAGCAGGACGGCAUCCCCUACAUGGGCUCCAGCGCUGGCACCAACGUGGCCACCAUCAGCAUCAACACCACCAACGACAUGCCUAUUGUCUACCCUCCAAGCUUCUCUGCCAUUGGCCUCGUCCCGUUCAACAUCAACCCACACUACCUGGACCCCGACCCCCACAGCCGCCACAUGGGGGAGACCAGAGAGCAGAGGAUCACCCAGUACCACGAAGAACCCGACACCCAGAGUGUGUUGGGUCUGAGGGAGGGCUCCAUGCUGCUGGUGGAGGGAAACAAAGCCACGCUGUUGGGAUCAACGAAGGCCCGACUCUUCAGCAGGGAGAAGCCCUCCAUGGAGUACGAUCCAGGCAGCGACCUCAGCUUCCUGCUGACAGACACACACUGAGCUACGAAAGGUCUGAAGGAACAUCACCAUGGAAACCAGACAUUUUUAUGUUGCUGGUCCAAACAAUAAAAGUUAGCAUGAAAUGUGUGUCUCUUCGUUUGAGCUCCCACUGAUGUUUUAUGUUUUCUGCUGCAACCUGUGACAAUGCUAUCGAUACUAAAUCAGCUGAGACAAACCUCCACACGUUAUAAUGUUUAGCAGAUGGAAGGUCUCGCAGCUGCUUCCUCUGCGUCGGCCAUCUUAAUCAAACAUAAACAGCACAAGUGUGAACAAAUCAGUUUAUUUCAUUCCAAGAGUGAAAUCAUCUUCAUCAACUGUUAAUAUUUACUCACCAAGUGAAAGAAUACAUACAUCAAAAAUAGUUUCAUUUGCUCGUAGCAGGAGGAAAGACGGAGUGCUAUUAAAUAUAAACACAAGCAUACUGCUGCAGGACGGGAGUCAACAUGAUUAAGUUGUUGUUCUGCAGCCAAAUCUGCCCAAUUUCAUUUUACAGUGCAGUAAAUUCACCGUGUUGUGACUAAAGACCCCUCAGGAUGGUUCCCACCUUCCUCCCAAAGUUUUAUUUCUGCAGAUUUCAGUUAGUUCAAACAGUUUAAUUCUCUAAACGUCUACGUUAUGGAGCGGCAGUUCCCACGCUAAAGGGAAAAACAAAAUAAGAGGAUACAUUAGAAUGGUGUCCAACUCUAAACCAAAAUAAAAACACACCCAAGUUUUACCAAAAGCAACAAGCAUCUGUUUCCUGCACCAGUCAGCGUGACAAUAAAAUACAUUUUACUUUUCAGUCUCAAGCGUGAGUGCUGCUGUCAGGCUGUGGUUUCUGCACUAAUUCACCUUCAUCACCAGUUCACCUGUUAGAUUAGUGCAUCACUAUCCUGGAAAUAAGAGUGAUGCUCAGAGACAGCAGGCCGUGUGCACCAUCAUAUUCAUGUUUUCAUAAUGCCAGCCCAAUAUGGGCAAAUAGCAUUUUUCUCCUUUUAAGUAUAUUGAAGCGUGCACACACACACACACACACACACACACACACACACACACACACACACACACACACACACACACCCC